AUGGCAUUUCAUCCUUUAUACAACGUCAAGUAUGCCAUGAUCAACCUCGUUGCAUUUGAAGAGGCCCUUCUCUGGGCAAGCCCGAGCUACGAGUGGUGCGGGGACGUCGACAUCGAGACCUUCCGGAGACAGAAGAACUGCAUCAAGGAACUUUUCUGCGAGUUCGGGGGCUUUCCGAACCUGAUUGUCAUGGUCGGCGCCCCGCGGGGCCAUGUUUCCUGGAGCAAACUUCGGGUUGUGGAUGCCGAAGAUCCCGCUCUGUGUGAAAUCGGCGCCAAAGAGGGCCCGGACAGAUGUCUUUCGGCCUUUCGGAGCUACAAGACUCUCUUCGAAAGAUUCAGAAGACUUUUUGAUGAUUAUUUGAAUGCCGAUAAUAGCGGCAACGGAGACCAUCUGGCUUCUGUCACAGUGCUGGAAUUGCCAUGGUGGGUGAGGGCGGCCCCGAAGCUUUCGUUUGCCUUUCAAAAGCCAUGUUUGAGAGACAAGCUUAUGUAG